UCCACCAUGAAUCAACGGAGGUCUUCUUCAACCUCUAGAGAAGAGACAGAAUACUUAGAUCUGAUCCCUGUUGAUCUCUUCAUCAGUAAUAUCUUGUCGAGAUUGCCAGUGGAGUCUUUAGCUCAAUGUCGUUGCGUAUCUAAGCUCUGGUCGUCCAUAAUUCGCCAUCCAAAUUACAAGAUCUUAUUCCCGAUCAAGUCCCAGGCUCCACCCCGGAUCCUUUUCAUCAUCGAAUAUGAAGGAAGUCUGUUCUUUUACUCUUCACCUCAGCCUCAAAAUCCGGAUCAGAACACAUCUCUUGUAGCCACCUUUCAUCAUAGUCAUAGGACACGUGGGUCAGAUUUCGGUGUGUGUCGUCCUCCGGUUGGCGGAUUGGUCUGUCGCCAACAUGUUCUUGAGAAUGGUUCAAAAGUGGCGGUGAUUUGUAAUCCCAUCACAGGAGAGUAUUUAGCCUUGCCUAAACUGGGAAUAAAUGAAACCAAGUCAGAGUGUCGGUCAAACGCAUAUGAUAAACAUUCUUUUGGGUAUGAUCCUAUAGACAAAGAGCUCAAGAUAUUGCGUAUCACCUCGUUUUUGAACAACUCGUUCUUUAACACACGCUACUUUGGUCAGUAUCGAGUUCUAACAUUAGGGACUGGAAAUAAAAACCUCUUAUGGAGAAAGAUCCAGUGUUGCACAAUUCAUCAUCGUAUAGACGAUGACAAGACGAUAUGCAUCAAUGGUUUUUUGUAUUAUCCAGCAGUGUUCCAAAAGGGAAAAAUCCACUGUAGUGCCAUCGCUUGCUUUGAUGUUAGGUCUGAGACUUUUAGUUUUACUAACUUUGAUCAAGACAUGUCACUAAUAAGGGUGGAUUCUUUCCGUUUCACUUUGAUCGACUACAAGGGUAAAUUAGGUGCUUGUCGUUGUGAUUGUUUCGAUAAUAUUUUUGAGUUGUGGGUUUUGGAGGAUGCACAGAGACAUAAAUGGUCAAAGCAUAUCUACCAAAUGCUUAAUCCAUUGCUGCAUUUUGCAAGUGUUGUUGGAAUGAUUGGGAGUUGCGAAAUUGUGCUUUGCCCAUGCUUUCCAGAAGAUCCUUUAUUCAUCUUUUACUACAACCUCGAGACCAACAUUGUCACAAGAGUGAAAAUUGAAGCUCCUGUAUUGCAUAGUGGGUGUUGGGUUCACGCAUUUCCAAAUUACGUAGAGGAUUUGACGCUUAUGUAA